AUGUUGACUAUUGGUCAUACCAUAGGACCAACUAUGGGUGGACUUCUAUCGGAACCUGCAAAGCGCUGGCCUAAAAUAUUCGGCAAUGCAUUCUUCACUGAAAACCCAUACUUCCUCGCAUGUGCAGCCGCUUCAGUACUCGCAUUUACCGCAUUCGUGCUCUCUUUCUUCUUUCUAAACGAGACUCUCAAAACCCACGUAAACAUCAAUCCCAACCGUGAACCAUCCGAAGAUGAACCACUCCUCGACCACCAAAAUACGCCAGAUCAGCAAAAGAAAGCACCUCCCUCCCUCUACGCCAUCGUCACUUCCAACCCUCCUCUCCGCCGGUGCCUCGUCAGCCACGCCUUCCACGCCUUCACCAACAUGUCUUAUCUAGUUCUCGUCCCUCUCAUAUACUCCACCUCCAUCUCCAACGGCGGCUUUGGAUUAUCACCUUACCAAAUCGGCGUCGUCCUAGGAACAUUCGGCGUAUGUAACGCUGUCCUUCAACUUUUCGUCUGGAAGCCAAUGCUAAAACACAUCGGACCGAAAGAGAUGUUUAUCCUGUCGUAUACAUUUCAUAUGAUCAGAGUUAUCUUAAUGAUGCUUGCUAGAAUUGCAGCAGCUAGAGCGGGGAAGGUAGAUUGGUUCGUUUGGGCGUUGAUUGCUAUCCAGAUGGCGGUGUCUACGUUGGCUGCUACCACAUAUAAUUGUAUAUCAAUGCUGAUCGUGAAAGCGUCUCCGCAAGACGUGCUUGGGACCGUUAACGGCAUUCAACAGAUGAUCUCGUCUGGUCUACGAGGACUGGCACCGACCGUUGCUUCCUCUCUUUUCGCUGCCUCCUUGGCCCUCGACUGGCGGCUUUCCGGAAGUGUUGGCGGUAUAUGCAGAUACCUCGUCGAUGUAUUGCAGAUCUUCCUGAUUGGAUUCGGUGUUUGGUAUUCGUUGAGGCUUCCGCAAUACCGACUCAUUUAG